AUGGCUACCACCCCGGCCGGUCGCAUGCUGACCCGCCAGCUUCAGCAGAUGCAAUCUGACAAGGACAUUCCCGGUAUCAGCUGCGGUUUAGUCGAUAACAAUAUCUUUGAAUGGGAGGUCAUGCUCAUGAUCUCCGACGAUGUCAAGCUCUAUGGAGGUGGCUUCUUCCGUGCUCGCCUUCUCUUCCCUCCAGAAUAUCCUCAUAUGCCCCCGAAGAUGAAGUUCGAGUCUCCUCUGUUCCACCCAAAUAUCUAUCCCAACGGCGAUGUCUGCAUCUCUAUCCUGCAUCCCCCCGAGGAGGAUAAGUAUGGCUACGAAUCUGCCGCCGAGCGCUGGUCGCCCGUCCAGACGCCCGAAACCAUCUUGCUAUCCGUUAUCUCCAUGCUCUCUAGCCCAAACGACGAAAGUGCUGCGAAUGUGGAAGCUGCUCGAUUGUGGCGUGAGGAUCCAGCUGAGUUCAAGAAGCGCGUGCGUCGUUGUGUUCGUGAGAGCCUAGGAGAGGAUUGA